GCUAAAUGUGUAAUGACCUCAAGGUCAGCGAGUUAUAGUGGCGUAUCAAAUGUCAGCUGAGGCUGCUCUGAAUGAUUUCUUUGUGAGAGAACGGGAGGAGCUACGUGGGCUUGAAGACGAUCUGAACUUUUCAAAUGAAGGUAAAACAGCAGGUCCUGAAACUCCCCAGGCAGUUGAAGAACCUGAAUGCAUCAGACGAUGGGCUGCAUCUUUUCAAAAGCGCAUCGAGAUUAAGGAUAAUGCUGAACGCCAGAGUAUGUCUCAGUUGGAGGAACAGGGACUCAAGGAUUUACAUGAGUGGGCACUCCAGUACCGCGAUUCUCUUUCCCGAGGAAGAAAACUCAGUCGUGCUCAUGACAAGGAACUUCGCGAUGCCCAAGUAAAAGCCGCAGAAGCAUCAAGCAUGAUGUCACAAGUCGAUGCUGGUCAAGCUAUUUUGUGGGAUAGAGUUUGUCAGUUGUGCAACUUUGUUACUUCUACAAAUGAAGAGACUACAACUGUCCCAAUAAAUUCAAAGGAUAGUCAACGAGACCUUAACAGAAUGCGCGUGCUCCUUCUACAGUUGAAAAAGAAUCCUCCUUCAGUGCAAUCUAACAGUAGAUCUCACUAAGUACAUUAACACCUUUGUAGUGAAGUGCAAUAUACUUUGAGUGACUUCUUGCAUUUACUUAUAUUAUGACCAGUUAUUUAUGCAUUCCAUUUAUUUACUAUCAUUUUUUCCAUGACAAAAAUUAUCUUGCUUUUGCAUUACUUCAUAAGUGAUAUGGAUUUUUCCUUAAUCAAUCUAACUAAAUUAUGCAUAUUCCUGAAAACUAAUUAGAUUGUCCAUUUUUUAAAUCUACUUAUAAUAUAUUACAGAUUCUCCUCUUUAAUUUUGUUAUGGAUGUACCGAUAGAGGUCAGUUUAAUUAACCUCAACUUUUUGGGAAAAUGACGCCGCCAGAGCUAGAUUUUGUUGA